GGAGUCGAUCGUUUCCGAACGUUGCGUGGCGGCAAAUUGAAUAUUUACAGCGCGUAAUGACCGAUGGAAUUUUAAUAGAAGUUUCCUGUGUUCGGAUGCGUGUAUCGCGCAGUGUAUUGUACUAACACUGUUUUUUCCUGGUCGUUCUAGUGUUUGUAUGUUCAUUUAGUGCCAGAGAGAUUAGUGGAUUAACUUUAAGAAGUAGUUUUAUUGGGUGAGUGUGUGUCCUUUGGCCUGUUAAAUAUCGCCUUCUGACACAUGCCCCUUCUUCGUAAUGAGCUAUUCGCAAGGAAAGGGGCGAUUGUACCCCGCGUACAGCCUCACCGACUCUGAGACAGAGGAGUCCCCUAGACGUUACGGGGGGUCCCACACUUACCAGCAUCCGCUCUACCAGCAGCCGGCUGGGCUGAGCGACACGCCCACAUCAGAAAACGCCUCAGACGCCACGCUCACCGACUCAGAACUGGCUCUGGCUCGGGACUCCACUCUUCUUGUACAUAACGGUUGUUUGCUGGACAACGCUCCCCGACCGCCCGAUGUGCCCCCCCGUAAUCCCACAAUGAACCGACUGAACGGGCGUCUGGCGACGGCGCCCCCUCAGGACCCCAAUCAGGACUUCGAGCCCUCCUGCCUGGUGAGGACGCCAUCAGGAAACGUGUACAUACCUAGUGGAUCUCUCAAUCAUCCAAAAAACCAAGUGAUCGACUACAAGCCGAACUCGUCAUGUAACAGUCCCUCCAAAGACCUGAAGAACCUAGGCCCAGGCCACGCGGGCAGCCUCGGAGGAGGCGGAGGCACCAACAGCCUCUCGUACGGAGGCCAGAUUCCCGGAUUGCCCGUCCGCAACAACCUGAGGAGGCCCAAUUCUAGUCACUUCCCUCCCCAGGCCAGCAGGUUCCAUUUUCGAAAAGGGUUGGCCUCCAGGUGUACCUGGAGGUGUACUGCCAUAGCCUUUAUUGUUUUGUGCGUGGUGCUCACGGCCGCACUAUCAUAUAUAUCGGCAUCAAGCUUAAUCAACUGGUCAUAUCAAAGCACGAAGCCUUGUGCAGUCCUGGUAGGAGAAAACACUCAAAUCGUCCCCUCUUCCAAGACAGCACCAUCCGAAACGAAUCAUUCCACUUCAACCAAACCGAAACCCGCAACAAACACCGGAGGUAAGCCUAACCAGGCCAUCUACGCUCGAAAACGUAGAGAUGUUUCUUUUAAGCAUGACCUUUCCGAUACUUCCACAUCUACACAGCAUGGUAGUUUGCAUGGUUCUACUUCAGAUAGCUCUGUAUAUUUGCAUGACGUUGAAACUUCUUCAACGAAGCUUGGGGUGUUCGAUGUUUUUAGCUCCACUAAUAAAGUACUUAAAGAAGAUGAAAUCACAACAACUACAGAAAGAGAAUUAGAAGUUACAGAUGAAUUGGUUUCAAUCAAUAACGAAAUUUCUGAAAACGAUCAAGGGUAUAUAUCUACUGAAGUUUUAAAAGAAGAAAGCACAACCACUGAUGAAUUAAAUGAAGAAAAUGAAGUCCCUGUCCAUCCAACUACAACAGAUUAUUUGGUGGAUCUAUACAAAGACCUACUAUCGAACGAUGAUGAUUCUAAUGAUGCCUCAUUAUUUGAUGAAGGAUUAGAAAACAAUACAGUAAAUAAGAAGUCUUCAAGUGAAGAACUACAACAAGAUUCGCCUAUAUUUUUGUACGAACAAAGUUAUUCAGCUGAAGAAAGAGCUAAAGAAGAUAACGAAACGAACAUUUCUUCAAAUUCUAAAGAAUUAACUAAUAUAAAUUUAUCUUCUGCACCACUUACUACCGACAAGCUCAAAGAUAUUAAAGUUAACGAAUUCAGCGACACUUCUACUAACAAUUCCACUAACGCCAGCAGCUUUACCGAGCCUAAUGUAAAAAUAUUCGAAAUACCCUCUCCAAACAAAGAUUCCCAACAAACUUCCAGAGUCCUGGUAAAUGUCACUAUCUCCACAGACCCCAAUCCUCACAAUCCUUACCAAACUCACUCUGUAUAUGUUCUGUCUGUCUCUGUUCCCACUGACGGUAAAGAACCCGGUGUAAAUAUUGAUAAAACCGAAGCAGCUUCGUUUACGCAGCUUAGCGAGCAAGACAAGGCACAAAAGCUUCAACAAGAAUCAGCUCACGGCCUUCAAGGAGGCGCUUGUGAGUGUGAGUGUCCUUGUUUAGACGAUUCAAAUGAAUUUUCAGAUGGGAAUUCGACUUCGGAUUAUGAUUAUUAUGGAUUGUUUGGGUCCAAAGAGUAUGGUACAACUUCAAAUAAGAAAUAUCGUAUGAGUUCAACUACUUCAGCUUAUGAAGACGUUGAGACUUCGUCGGUAACAGAAGAUGUUUUAAGAAAUUGUGCAGAGGUUACUACGAAAUUACCUCCUCCACCCACAAUUCUUAUUUUAGAAGGAGCUAGAACCUUCCCAGCGCAAUCGUUCCCGCCAGACGGAACUACCUUCUCCCAAAUAGCCCUGGGUCAAAGACUGUCCAAAGAAAUCUCACCCUACGGCUACUGGAACAUGCAGUUCUACCAAUCGGAAGCUGCCUACGUCAAAUUCGACUACAGCAUACCAAGGGGAGCUAGUAUCGGGGUUUAUGCCAGGAGGAAUGCCUUGCCUACUCAUACACAGUACCACAUUUUGGAGGUUCUUAGCGGGUUCAAAGCUAGGACAACCAGAGCGUCUCAUUCUUCUGUGAAGAAGGAGGUAACUCACUACAUGGAGCAAGGUCACUGGUUCUUAUCACUCUACAACGACGACGGUGACCCGCAAGAAAUUACGUUUGUAGCCGUGGUCGCCGACGACAUGACACAAAACUGCCCCAAUGGGUGCAGUGGUAAAGGCGAAUGUCUCAUGGGCCAUUGCCAGUGUAAUCCAGGUUUUGGAGGGGAUGAUUGCAGCGAAAGUGUAUGUCCGGUACUGUGCAGUCAAAGAGGUGAAUAUAUUAACGGGGAAUGUCAGUGUAACCCAGGCUGGAAGGGCAAAGAGUGCCAACUGAGGCACGACGAGUGCGAGGUACCAGACUGCAAUGGGCAUGGACACUGUGCUAAUGGAAAGUGCAACUGCAUCCGAGGAUACAAAGGGAAAUUUUGCGAAGAGGCUGAUUGUCCCCAUCCCAACUGUUCGGGUCACGGGUACUGUGUCGAUGGUACUUGUAUCUGUAAAAAAGGAUGGAAAGGUGCAGAUUGUUCCCAGAUGGACAAGGAAGCUCUUCAGUGUCUUCCAGACUGUUCCGGACAUGGAUCUUUUGAUUUGGAAUCGCAAACUUGUACCUGCGAACCACGAUGGUCCGGAGAGGAUUGUUCUAAAGAACUCUGCGAUCUGGACUGCGGCAAUCACGGUCAUUGUGUCUCUGAAGCGUGCCAGUGCGACCCUGGAUGGUCAGGAGAGUUCUGCAACCUAAAACAGUGCGAUCCACGGUGCAACGAACACGGUCAGUGCAAAAACGGAACGUGCCUGUGCGUCACUGGCUGGAACGGAAAACACUGCACGAUAGAGGGGUGUCCGAACAGCUGUUCUGCGCACGGUCAGUGCAGGUUCAAUUCUGAUAACGUUUGGGAGUGUAGGUGCGACAAUGGAUGGGAUGGACCGGACUGUAGUUUGUUGUUGGAACAGAAUUGUAAUGAUGGAAGGGACAAUGACAAAGACGGAUUAAGCGAUUGCGAAGACCCCGAAUGCUGCACCAGCCCCGCCUGCAAGAGCAGCCAAUUGUGCGUGUCUUCGCCCAAGCCCAUCGACAUCCUGCUAAGAAAACAGCCUCCCGCGAUAACGGCCUCGUUCUUCGAGAGGAUGAAGUUCCUGAUCGACGAGGGCAGCCUGCAGAAUUACGCGCGCCAGGAGACUUUUAACGAGAGCGUUUUCUGGAAUCAUUUCAACACGAGCCGAUCUGCUGUCGUACGGGGUCGGGUAGUGACCCAAAUGGGCAUAGGACUCAUGGGAGUCCGUGUAAGUACCAGCACACCACUUGAAGGCUUCACAUUAACCAGAGACGACGGAUGGUUUGAUCUUUUGGUGAACGGAGGUGGUGCUGUAACAUUACAAUUCGGAAGAUCACCCUUCAGACCACAAAGUUACAUUGUAUUUGUACCAUGGAACGAAGUUGUUAUCAUAGACAACGUUAUCAUGACACUUGGUGAAGAAAAAUCGAUAAUCUCCAUACCACAACCUUGCGGGACUCAUGACUAUGACACCAUGAAACCCGUGGUCCUUGCAACAUGGAAGCACGGAUUCCAAGGAGCCUGUCCCGAUAAGAGUGCCAUAUUAACUGAAUCCCAAGUAAUACAAGAAAGUCUAGGCAUUCCUGGUACAGGUCUGCAUCUGGUAUAUCACAGUUCACGUGCCGCAGGGUAUCUUUCAACUAUUCAACUUCAAUUGACACCUGAUGUUAUUCCUCCCACUCUCAAACUGAUCCAUCUUAGAAUCACCAUAGAAGGAAUUUUGUUUGAGAAGGUUUUCGAGGCUGAUCCUCACAUCAAGUUUACUUACGCAUGGAAUCGUCUAAAUGUCUAUAAACAGAGAGUUUAUGGAGUCACUACAGCUAUAGUGAAAGUGGGAUAUCAAUAUAGUGACUGCAAGGAUAUUAUUUGGGACGUACAGACCACGAAACUUAGUGGUCACGACAUGAGCAUAUCUGAUGUAGGAGGAUGGAAUUUGGAUAUUCAUCACAGAUAUAAUUUCCAUGAAGGAAUAUUACAAAAGGGGGAUGGUUCAAAUAUUUACCUCAAACACAAACCUAGGGUUAUUCUUACCGCUAUGGGUGAUGGACAUCAAAGACCACUAGACUGUAUGGAUUGUGAGGGUCAAGCAUCUAGGCAACGACUGCUAGCUCCUGUUGCUUUGGCAAGUGACAGAGAUGGUUCACUGUUUGUUGGGGACUUUAAUUUGAUCAGGAAGAUUCAAACUGAUGGAAUUGUCAGGACUGUAGUAAGAUUAAAUGCUACCAGGGUUUCCUACCGCUACCAUAUGUCUCUAAGCCCAAUGGACGGAACUCUAUACAUCUCCGAUCCAGAAUCUCACCAAAUCAUUAAAGUCCGAAACACAGAAGACUACAGUGACCCAGAUCACAACUGGGAAACGGUUGUAGGGUCUGGAGAAAGAUGUCUUCCUGGAGACGAGGCGCAUUGUGGAGAUGGUGCUCUUGCCAGAGAUGCCAAACUUGCUUACCCCAAAGGGGUAGCUGUAUCAAACGAUAACGUACUGUAUUUCGCUGAUGGUACCAAUAUUCGAAUGGUGGAUAGAGAUGGAAUUGUAACAACAGUUAUAGGAAAUCACAUGCAUAAAUCUCAUUGGAAGCCUCUUCCUUGCGAAGGCACCUUGAAUAUCGAGGAGGUUCACUUACGUUGGCCUACAGAGCUCGCCAUAAAUCCUCUGGAUAACACUCUCCAUAUUAUCGACGAUCAUAUGAUACUUCAAUUGACGCUUGACGGUAGAGUCAAAGUGAUUGCAGGAAGACCUCUUCACUGUGCUUCACCUCUGUUAGGAUACGAUAUCGAACUAGCCACUCAUGCUACACUUGUUAUGCCUCAAAGCAUAGCUUUCAGUUCUGCCGGUGAUCUAUACGUUGCAGAAAGUGAUUCGCAAAGAAUAAAUAGGGUUAGAGUAAUCGGAACCGAUGGAAAAAUCUCUUUAUAUGCCGGUGCUGAAUCGAAAUGUAACUGUUUGGACAGAGGAUGUGACUGCUUCGAAGCCGACCAUUACUUAGCCAGCAGUUCGAAAUUUAACACCAUCUCAGCUGUCAGUGUCAGCCCUGAUGGACACGUGCACAUCGGUGACCAAGCAAACUACCGAAUCAGAUCGGUGAUGGCCAGUAUUCCCGACUCGAGCAUUUCUAGAGAAUACGAAAUAUAUUCGCCGGAAACUCAACAGAUUUACAUCUUUAACAGAUUUGGUCAGCAUAUAGCAACUAAAAACAUACUCACCGGAGAAACAAGUUAUGUUUUUACGUACAAUGUUAACACUAGCAACGGUAAACUGAGCACUGUCACAGAUGCGGCUGGGAACAAGGUAUUUUUGCUUAGAGAUUAUUCAAGUCAAGUGAACUCAAUCGAAAACACGAAAGGCCAAAAAUGCAGGUUGCGCAUGUCUAGGAUGAGAAUGCUUCACGAACUCAGCACUCCUGACAAUUACAAUGUUACUUUUGACUAUCACGGACCUACGGGGCUACUUAAAACCAAAAUUGACAGCAGUGGAAGGAGUUACGUGUAUAAUUACGACGAAUUUGGAAGACUGACAUCUGCAGUCACGCCAACAGGAAAGGUCAUUAACCUCUCCUUUGAUUUAAGUCUGAAAGGUGCUACUGUAAAAGUUAAUGAAAACGAUGACAGGCAUAUUUCUAUGUUAAUCAAAGGUCCCACAGUAUCAACCAGGAUUGACGACACUGAGAAUAAGAUAAUACUCUAUCCAGAUGGAGGAGUGACAAGUUUGACACCUUGGUCUCACAGUAUCACCACAGAUUCUGUUCCAUACAACGUCCUAGCAGAUAAAGAACCUCUUUUGGGUGAAAGUUACCCAAUUCCUGCCAAACAACGCACUGAGCUUGGUGGUGAUUUAGCUAAUAGAUUCGAAUGGAGGUACUACGUUCGACCUAACCAAAACGCAAAGGGCAACAAGAACAUUCCUAGGGCAAUAUCCAAGGUUGGCAAGAAAUUGCGGGUGAACGGGGAGAAUAUUCUCAGCAUGGAAUAUGACAGGGAAACGGCAUCUAUCAGUGUGUUUAUGGAUGACAAGAUUGAACUGCUUAACGUCACGUAUGACAGGUCAUCUAGGCCGAUAAAGUGGGGAUCUAAGAACGGUAUUUUUGCUGAAGUUGAGCUGGAAUAUGACAGAUUCAGUAGGUUGAGCAGCUGGAAAUGGGGAGAACUUAGCGAGACUUAUGGAUUUGAUAGAGCUGGUCGUUUGUACGAGAUAAAGUAUGCCGAUGGAUCUUCGCUGCAGUAUGCUUUUAAGGAUAUGUUCAGUAGUUUGCCAUUAAAAGUAACAACACCCAGAGGCUCAGACUAUCUUCUCCAAUAUGACGAUUCCGGAGCUUUACAAUCACUAACAACACCAAGAGGCCAUAUUCACACCUUUUCACUGCAAACAUCUCUAGGUUUCUUCAAAUACCAAUACUUCUCACCAAUGAACCGACAUCCCUACGAAAUAAUGUACAACGACGACGGUCAGAUUCUUUCCAAGAUCUUCCCUCACCAAUCAGCUCGAGUUUCUUACGUUUACGACUCCUCAGGAAGACUAGAAACUACUUUGGCCGGUAUGAGCUCAACACAUUACACAUACCACGAUAUUCUAGGAUUGAUAAAGAACGUAGAAAUUAUAGAACCAAACUUCGAGCUGAAACAGGAAUUUAAAUAUCACUCAGGUGUCUUGAAAGACGAAAAAUUAAAGUUCAAUGUCAAAAGUGGUCUGGAUAAUGCACAUUACAAGUAUCAGUACGAUGGAAAUGCAAGAUUGUCCAGCAUAGACGUUGAUAUCAACGGAAAAGAGCUUCCACAGUUGAGGUUGAAGUACAAUCAGAAUUUGGGAGUCCUGGAAAAUAUCAGUGACUUAAGGAUAUACAGAAAUACAUUCAACAGAUCUGUUAUGCAAGACACGAGUAAACAAUUCUUUAGUAUCACAGAUUACGAUAAUCAUGGUAGAUUAAAAUCCAUAUUGAUCAACAUAAAAUCAUUUGAUGUGUUCAGAUUGGAGCUGGAGUACGAUUUUAGGAACAGGAUCAAGCAACAGAAGAUUUUAGUUAGGAGAACUCAGUUUAUGGACAGGAUCCUCUAUAACUCUGAUGGCCAUGUCUUAGAAGUCCUUGGUACAAGUAACUGGAAAUACGUCUAUGAUGAAAAUGGUAACAUCCAAGCUAUAAUAAAAGAAAAAGAGAAGGUCACUCUGGGUUAUGAUAGUGGAGAUCGCGUAGUUCAAUAUGGAGAUGUCGAAUUUAACAGCUAUGAUAACUGUGGCUUUGUAGUCAGAAGAGGCGAACAAAAAUACCGUUUCAAUCCGAAAGGACAGUUAAUCCAUGUCUUUGAAAGAGAGAAAUUCCAAGCCUGGUACUUCUAUGACGACAAAAACAGACUGGUAGCAUCGAACGACGACAAGGGAAAUGUCACUCAGUACUUCUAUUCAAACCCUACCACUCCAGAUUUAAUUACUCACCUACACUUUCCUAAAGCUGGUAGAACAUUCAGAUUACUCUACGACACGCGUGAUGUUCUCAUCACUGUGGAAACCUUGGAGCAACGGUUCUACGUUGCCUCUGAUCAAAACGGAUCCCCAUUGGCUUUGUUUGAUAUCAACGGAAACCUUAUUAAAGAAAUCAGACGAACGCCAUUCGGAAACAUUAUUUUAGACACAAAUCCAGACUUCUAUCUGCCUGUAGACUUCCACGGAGGAAUAUACGACCCAAACACUAAACUAGUGUACAUUAACAAGAGAUUCUAUGACCCGGUGGUUGGACAGUGGGUCACGCCAUCUUGGGAGAAGCUAGCUACAAAAUUGACGACACCAACGGAUAUAUUUAUCUACAGGUUUUUGAAUAAUGAUCCUAUUAAUGCUAGGUUCAGUUCGAAUUACAUGACAGACUUGAAGAGUUGGCUGCAGUUGUAUGGAUACGAUAUUGGAAAGAUGUUAGGGUCUGAAUACUUAGGAAAAAUGAUUUAUAGGCCUCAAGCUACGGUAACUUCACCUCAGCUGGCUCCUGAUUUUGGUAUCAUGUCCGGACUCAAGUGUAUUGUAGAUAAGAUCAAUGAGAAAUUCACGGACAUCAGUUUCGUGCCGAAACCUCUUCUCAAGAAAGAACCCAAAACCAGGAACCUCCUGCCCAGGGUCGCCUUCCGAAAAUCAGUUUUUGGUGAAGGCGUCCUCAUAUCCAGAGUAGCUACGCGAGCCCUAGUCAGCGUGGUAGAUGGCGUCAACGGCGUUGUUCAAGAUGUUGUCACUUCCGUCUUCAACAACUCCUUUUUCCUUGAUCUCCAAUUUAGUAUCCAUGACCAAGAUUACUUCUAUUUUGUCAAGGAUAACGUACUGAAAAUUCGCGACGACUUGGAGGAAUUGCGAAGGCUCGGAGGAAUGUUCAACGUUUCUACCCACGAAGUGACAGAACACGGGUCUUCUACGCCAGUGAAGGAGUUGAGACUUCACAACCCCGAUGCAGUGGUGAUAAUAAAAUACGGAGCGGACCCUAAACAGGAAACGCACAAAAUUUUGAGACACGCACACAAAAGAGCAAUUGAAAGAGCCUGGGAGAUCGAAAAACAGUUGAUAGCUGCUGGGUUCCAAGGCCGAGGCGAUUGGAGCGAAGAAGAAAUGGAAGAACUCGUAUCACACGGUGACGUAGAUGGAUACGAAGGUAUAGACAUCCACAGUAUUCACAAGUACCCUCAACUAGCUGAUGAUCCGGGUAACGUAGCCUUCCAGAGGGACUCGAAACGGAAAAGAAGAAAGAGUGGGACGCGUAAAAGCCGGGUACACCGGCACGAUUCUUAAUCUUCCGUGAUAAAAGUACAGUAAAGAGAUAUUUUUAUGUGCCAUAUAAGUUCGUAUAAAGUCCUAGUCGUUCGCGUAGAGACAGAAUAAGAAAGGAAAUUAUUUUUUUGAGACACGAUGUGUGUGUCGUUGUUCGGGCACGGCCACAAUAAAAUUUUAAAACGGAAUAUUGGAACAGCUAGAAAUACUCUGUUAUGUCUACAGUCUAUAUCAAAUGUGUUUUUAUUGUUUUGAAACCCUGGUUAAAAAUAACACGAUUAAAUGAUAAUGGCUUGAAUAAAAAAGCAAAAUUUACACAA